UUCCUGCCCGGCCUCUCCCGUCCGCUUCCCUUUCCCCUGGCCGCCCCACCCCGGCGUGUGACCGUGGAACGGGCCGAGCCCGGAACCCGGCGGCGGAACAUGGAUGCGGCGGAGGCCGGCGCGGGUGGCAGGGCGGGCAGCAGCGCCGACAGCCUGGCCGAGGAGGAGGAGGAGGAGGACGAGGACGAGGCGGGUCCUGGUAGCGGCCGGUCCAGCCGCACCUCGUCGCUUGUGAGCGGGCUGCUCACCGAGUUGUACAGCGCCGCCGAGGCGGCCGCCCCUUCGGGCAGCGCCCGCUCCCGCGCCCUCCGGGAGCUGCAGCAGCGGCCGAGCCAAGUCAAGUACCUGCGGCUGAAAGAUGUUGAUGAAUUAACAACUAUAAAACGAGAACUGAAUUACAGAAUUUCCGUUCAAUCAGCAAAGUUGCUCCGUCUUCUGAAGCAGAAAGACAGGCUUGUACAAAAAGUCCAGAAGAACUGCGACAUUGUCACAGCUUGUUUACAGGCAGUUUCCCAGAAACGUUGGGUUGAUACAAAAUUGAAAUUCACACUUGAGCCAUCUUUAGGUCAAAAUGGUUUCCAGCAGUGGCAUGAUGCGCUCAAAGCAGUGGCCAGACUGCCAACAGGGAUCCCAAAGGAAUGGCGGAGAAAGGUUUGGUUGACCCUGGCUGAUCAGUACUUACACAGUAUAGCCAUUGACUGGGACAAAACCAUGCGUUUUACGUUCAAUGAAAGAAGUAAUCCUGAUGAUGACUCUAUGGGCAUCCAGAUAGUAAAGGACCUUCACCGAACUGGCUGCAGUUCUUACUGUGGCCAGGAGGCAGAGCAAGAUCGAGUGGUGUUAAAACGUGUUUUGCUGGCUUAUGCCAGGUGGAAUAAAUCUGUUGGCUACUGUCAAGGAUUUAACAUACUAGCUGCACUUAUUCUGGAAGUAAUGGAGGGCAAUGAAGGGGAUGCCCUGAAAAUCAUGAUUUACCUAAUUGAUAAGGUGCUUCCUGAUAGCUACUUUGUCAAUAAUCUCCGUGCUCUCUCUGUGGAUAUGGCUGUUUUCCGAGAUCUUUUACGAAUGAAGCUUCCUGAACUGUCCCAGCACUUAGACACCCUGCAAAGAGCUGCUAACAGAGAAAGUGGAGGAGGCUAUGAACCCCCACUUACAAAUGUCUUCACAAUGCAGUGGUUUCUGACACUCUUUGCCACCUGUCUGCCUAACCAUACAGUUCUGAAGAUCUGGGAUUCAAUAUUCUUUGAAGGCUCUGAAAUUAUACUGAGAGUAGCUUUGGCUAUCUGGGCAAAGCUAGGAGAGCAGAUUGAGUGUUGUGAAACAGCAGAUGAAUUUUACAGUACUAUGGGCAAGCUGACCCAGGAGAUGCUUGAAGACAGUCUGAUUGACAGCAAUGAACUUAUGCAAACUGUUUACACCAUGGCUCAGUUUCCUUUCCCACAACUGGCAGAAUUAAGGGAGAAAUACACAUACAAUAUUACUCCUUUCCCUGCAGCAGUAAAAUCAACUUCAUUUUCAGGAAGGUUAGGCAGAACCAGAGACAGUGAUGAAGAGAAUGACUUAGAUGAUGAAGACUCAAUUGCUAAUGCAAUUGGUUGUCUUGGACCAUUAAGUGGGUUUUUGGCACCAGAGCUCCAAAAAUACCAAAAGCAGAUGAAAGAUCAGAAUGAAGAGCAAAGUCUUGGUUCCAGUAACAUUGCAGAAUUAAGCCCAGGAGCAAUAGACUCUUGCAGAAGUGACUAUCAUACUGCUUUUAACAGCAUGAUGAUGGAGCGUAUGACCACUGAUAUUAAUGCACUGAAAAAGCAAUAUUCCAGGAUAAAGAAGAAGCAGCAACAGCAGGUUCACCAUGUGUAUAUCAGAGCAGACAAGGGGCCAGUUACCAGCCUCCUCCCUUCUCAGGUAAACCAUUCCCCAGUGAUAAACCACCUCCUUUUAGGAAAGAAGAUGAAAUUGAAUAACAAGUCUCUCAAAAAUGCCGUUAUUCACAUCCCAAGCCAUGCUACGGGGAAGAUGUCUCCCAUUCCCCAAGAAGAUCUUAAAACAAAACUGAACUCUCCAUGGCGCACUCACAUACGAGUUCAUCGGAAGAACAUGGCUAGGGCAAAAGGCCAGCUGGGCUACGGGGAUACCGUAGGACUGAUAGAUGAGCAGAGUGAGAGCUGUAAAACAAAUAGCCCUGGUGCAAAAGAGGAGGCUUCCAAACAUUCUGGCUUUGGAGAAAGAGAAGAAGGUGGUUUGGAUGACAGGACUACUCAGAAAGCUGACCAGCAGUCAUCUGAGCCAGACUCUACGGACAGCGGUACAAACAUGUCCGUGGUUCAGCUAAAACUGGAAGCACUGGAACUCACCUCAGAUACCCAAAGCGAUGUGGAGCCAGCAUCCCAUCAGUCCAGCCAGCCACGUUUAUCAGAGUCUUCCACUUCAUCCAGAGACAGUGGAAACCUGGCUAAAUCGCCUCAGCCUGGGAACCCAAAGCCACAAGUCUUCAAUCCUUUUCCCAGCGUCAAGCCUCUUCGAAAGUCAGCUACAGCCAGGAAUUUAGGGCUGUAUGGCCCCACUGAAAGAACACCAACUGUACACUUCCCACAAAUGAGCAGAAGUUUCAAUAAAUCUUCCGGUGGCAACAGUGGGACCAGGAAACGAUGAUGUACUACCUGGUACUUACUAUUUCUGACAGCAACAGAAGAAUUUGUAUUGCCUUUUUUUUUAAUGUGUGCAUGUGUAUGUGUGUCCCAAAGCAUUUCUAAUUGCUAAUUAAGUAACAGGGAUGAAAGUGGUUACCAGAUAUAUAAAUAUGUGUCUUUGAAAAUUGUACUUCCGUGUUAUGGGAUAGAUUAAUGAAGAUGCACUCUGGCACCCUAUUGUUAAUUCUGAUGGUCCUAUGUAAAAUAAACAUUAGUUAGCAAUG